AUGGCGAUGCCGUGCCGUCUCGUCCGGCUUCUCCUGACGGCCAGCUGCAUCCUGCUUCAGGCCCUUGGCGCCCACGCCAUUACCCGCCAUUACAAGUUCAACGUGGUUAAGAGGAACAUGACACGGCUUUGCUCGACCAAGCCCAUCCUCACUGUGAAUGGCAAGUUCCCAGGACCAACCCUUUAUGCAAGAGAGGGCGAUAAUGUUCUUGUCAAGGUCGUCAACCAUGCAACUCACAAUGUCACCAUCCACUGGAAGAACAAGAAGGAUAUCACUGGCAACCCCAGGGCUCUCAGGAGGCUGCUGAGGACAUCUUGUGAGAGGGCGAAGAAGAACCUGUCCUCCAUGGCGCAGACCACCAUUAAGAUUGGCACACUGUGUGAGGGCAUUGAGUUCUACUCCACUAUCACCCGUGCCAGAAUUCCAAAGGUGCAGCAAUUUCUUCAGGACUUCUUCAAUAGUAAAGACCUGGGCAAGAGCAUCAACCCAGAUGACGUUGUUGCCUACGGUGCUGCUGUCCAGGUUGCCAUUUAA